ACUGGGACUCUCUGUUCAAGUUUGACCCAAAUCACUCCACGCAACAUGUCACUUCGAAGAGCUCUGACGGGGAUCACACCUCUCAAGCGAGGCUCUUCACCUCUCUUGAGCACAUCUACAAGAUGUGCAUCUUCCACAUCGAGCUCAUCCUCGGCCAACGCAACAGGUUCAUCCAACCCACCUAAAGCACCUAAAUCGAUCGAUGAUAGUACUUCAGCUUUAGAUUACAAAAUGCAUCGACCUAUACGGCGAAUGCCUCAUGUCACCACGCCUCCACCUAGAGCUCCUUCGGUCGAAGAGGCAGUCACGAAUAUCUUGUACAACACUCCGCCGCCAAGUACAGAGCCGUACAAGAGGCAUCUUCUCAAUUGUCUCGUGCAAAAUGAACCUGGUGUGCUGUCCCGAGUAUCUGGGAUCAUUGCCGCAAGAGGUUUCAACAUCGACUCUCUCGUUGUGUGCGCUACGGAAAUCCGUGACCUGUCCCGAAUGUGUAUCGUUCUCAAAGGUCAAGAUGGAGUCGUCGAACAAGCUAGACGUCAACUUGAAGAUCUCGUACCUGUCUGGGCAGUCUUGGACUAUACUCAAACACCGAAAAUUGAACGAGAAUUACUCUUGGCCAAAGUGUCCAUCUUGGGUCCCGAAUUCGCAGCUGCUCAAUUGGGUUCAUCACCUACAGGAUCUGACUCUCAAUCUUUCGACGCGGCGAUAGAUCAUCAAGAUUCAGCUCAUCCACCUUCAUUUGUCGGUCAAUCCUCUUCUGGUUCAGAGUCCACAUCGGGCGGCAGCGGCGGCGCCGGCGGCGCAGGUGACAAGUAUGAACGUGAACAAGCGCUCGCUCGAUCGUUUGAAUCUUCUGGAUCAUCUCCUUCCCUCUACCCUGCUCGUCAAUCGGGUUUAUCCGUUUCGGAAGCUUUGAUCGCCAAAAAUCUCCAUCUGGGCGCCAUCAAGACGUUGACCGAUCAAUUCGGAGGAAAAGUCGUCGAUGUAGCGGAUAGUAGCUGUAUCGUCGAGCUCACAGCCAAGAGCUCUCGAGUAGAGGCGUUCUUGAACCUCAUUAGACCGUUUGGACUCCUCGAAGCGGCUAGAUCAGGUGUCAUGGUCUUGCCGAGAACACCUCUAGCCAGAUGGGGCGAAGAGGAAGAAGUCGCUAUCGAGAGAGGAGAAGUCGAUGCUAGUAUGCUCCCGCCCGGUUAGAUUUUGUCUUUGGCUGGCUUUCCGUGCAACGGUUUGUAUAGAUGAAUCUGAUGAUAAUAGACUUUUACGGUUUGCAACGUGGUCAUUUGCGCCAUACAUAUACCUAUGCGGUGUUGGGGGGUUGCGAGGCAUGAGGGCCUGCACCCAAGAUCCAUGAAAGCUCGUCAAAAGGUUUAAGACGUGUAAAGGAUGCACCUCUCGCUCGGC